GAAUGACGACGCACGCCACGCGAAUCGUAUUCGAUUCGUAGCAGCGGGAGCGCGCGGCCAUGGAGAGGACAUCGUCGUCUUCGUCGGCGGCGAGGGGGGCGUGGAGGGACGGCGCCGUCACCUACCUCCACCUCCUCUUCUACAUCGCCAUCUCCAGCGGCCAGAUCUUCUUCAACAAGUGGGUUUUAUCCUCAAAAGAGAUCAACUUCCCCUAUCCAGUGGCAUUAACUCUGCUGCACAUGGUCUUCUCAUCUGUAGUGUGCUUUACAAUUACAAAGGUCUUCAAGAUUGUAAAGAUUGAGGAGGGAAUGACUACUGAUAUAUAUAUUAGUUCAGUCAUUCCAAUUGGAGCAAUGUUUGCAAUGACACUCUGGCUAGGGAACAGUGCAUACCUCUACAUAUCUGUUGCAUUUGCACAAAUGUUGAAGGCAAUAAUGCCUGUAGCUGUGUUUCUCCUCGGAGCUGCCUUUGGCCUCGAAGAAAUGAGCUGUAAAAUGCUUGCUAUCAUGUCUGUCAUCAGCGUUGGGGUUAUUGUGGCCUCUGUUGGUGAAAUUACAAUCAGCUGGGUUGGGGUGGUUUACCAGAUGGGUGGAGUCGUUGCAGAAGCACUAAGACUGAUUUUCAUUGAGAUUUUUCUGAAGAAAAAAGGUGUUAGGCUUAACUUGAUUUCCAUGAUGUACUAUGUUAGCCCUUGCAGUGCUUUGUGUCUCUUUAUUCCCUGGUUGUUCUUAGAGAAGCCCAAGAUGGAUGAAAGCGUCUCAUGGAACUUCCCACCAUUUACAUUGUUCUUAAACUGCAUGUGCACUUUCAUCCUCAAUCUCUCUGUCUUCCUUGUCAUUUCCCGAACUAGUGCACUGACAGCUCGUGUUACUGGAGUUGUGAGAGACUGGACCGUGGUGCUGCUUUCUGCUGCUAUCUUUGCUGAUACACAACUUACCUUUAUAAAUAUAAUUGGCUAUGCCAUAGCAAUAGCAGGUGUUGUUGCAUACAACAAUCACAAGCUCAAAGUGAAACCUCAAGGCAAUGAGCCGCAGGGUACUGAUAACAAAGUCAACCCAGGAAGCCCACAGGAUGUUGAGACAUCAUCGAUCUCGACCAAAGAAGCUUCAUAACACUGAACACCAAGACAUUUUGAACAGAUUUUUGAAGGAGAAAGGAGCUCUCGCUUUUCCUAUGAGCUGGCCAGCUCUCCUUGGAUACAUUCUUUUUUCUUCCUACCAAUCAGCAGGGAAGACAUUUUGUACAACAAUGCUUAAGAAGUGAAGGGUAUACGUUAGCGUACCAUUUUGUACUAUUGUACGCUCUAAACAGUCAGAGUACGUCACACAUAUCAACUAGGUUCUGUAGAUGUAUGUUAUUGCCGUUUGACCUUGCUGUAGCAAUCCAUCAGGUUUCAGAAUAUGCAAACCUGAUUCUUAUACGAUGUUUUCCUUACCUUAGGAGGUCCUGCCAACAGAGGACUGUCUGUAUCAAAGUAUGAACACUUAUUCAAAGAUCAAAAGUCUGAUAUAGUAGUCGAUUUGUUACCUCCAAAAACUACUUAAAAUUCAGUUAACUGUUGAAGAAGAAGAACGUGAGAAGAGUCUUCAGCGC